AUGCCUUCUCGGGGACUGCGGCGAGUAUUGCCACAACUGCGCCAACUCCAACCUGCCUGCCCCGAUAUCUGGGGGCCAAAUCAAGCGAGAAGAAAGCUAGCCCGCCGUGGGGUAACCGGACAUGCGAAUCUGAUCCUGAAAAUGUGCCUGACACUGGCGUCGUACGAAAAUACGAAUGGACGAUACAACGGGCUGUCCUGGCACCGGAUGGAUUUGACACUUCUCACUGUCAAUGGCCAGUUCCCUGGGCCCCUCGUUGAGGCCAACUGGGGGGAUAUUGUCGAGGUCACCGUCCACAACAACAUCACGGGUCCGGAAGAAGGCACAGCAAUGCAUUGGCAUGGCAUACACCAGCAAGGGACUGGGCUCAUGGACGGAGUCAGCGGUAUCACGCAAUGCCCCAUUGUACCUGGUGGAAGCUUUACGUAUCGCUGGAGAGCCAGCACGUAUGGCUCGACUUGGUACCAUGGCCAUCACGCACUGCAGUAUGGUGGAGGGCUGUGGGGUCCUAUGGUUAUCUACGGCCCUUCUCACGUCAAAUACGAUCUCGACUUAGGACCUGUUACACUCUCCGAUUAUUAUCACUACCCUUACGAGAAGAUUGCCUCGGAUGCCAUAUCGACCAGUAACGAUACCAGUGUUUACGCCCCCAAUUCGAACAACCACUUGAUCAACGGAAUGAAUCACUUCAAUUGCUCAUUGGCUCCCGCAAACACGACCUGCAAGAGUAAUGCCCCACGCGCAUCGUUGAGAUUCAAGUCUGGCAAAGUGCACAAGCUCCGGUUCAUCAACACAAGUGUCGAAGCUAUGCAGAUCUUUUCCAUCGACGGCCACAAGCUCAUUGUGACCACAAUGGACUUCGUGCCCGUAGAGCCUUACGAAGUGGAGUACAUCAUCCUCGGCGUCGGCAUGAGGGCUGAAGUUCUCGUAAAGGGAAAUGGAGACCCGACGCGGUCGUACUACAUGCGCUCGAGAAUCCAAUGUGCUGCCACGAAAGUCAACGAGACACUAGGCACUGUCUUCUACGACGAAACGCCUUCCACGAUUGUGCCAGCCACCAAGACCGUUGCGGCUCUGCCAAACUUCUCUUCGACAUGUGGUGAUCCUGAUCUUCACUUGAAAAAGCCGAUUUAUAAGAAGCGUGUUCCUAAGCCCGACUUGACACUGCUCUACGACAUCGAAUUUCGAGCCAACGCUAGCGGCAACCAUGAAUGGUUGAUGAACAACGUCACUUUCCAAGCCGACUGGAGCCGUCCUUUGUACAUCGAGGCGGUAGAUGGCCAUGCCGACGAAUCAGACGGGUUCUACAACGGCAGUCUGAAGUAUCCUAAGAAUCCGGCCCGCGCCGACACGGAACUUCUCCGACGUAACGGCAAUCUUGUUGUGCAGUUCGAAGCCAAAAACCCGGGCAUUUGGAGUUUCCACUGCCAUACUGCGUGGCAUGCUAGCGUUGGUCUCUAUAUCAACUUCUUGGUCAAGCCAAAGAAAGUUCAGCAAAGUAAGAUCCCUGACGACGUACGCGAGGUUUGCGCGGCUUGGGAUGACUAUAGACAACUGCAUGGCGAGAAUGCUCUCCCUUUUGAUAGUGGGCUUCGAUAA